AUGUAUGCGGACGGACUGACUAUAGUAGCCGCCGCCGCCGCCAAGGAAGCGGUCGUACUUUUGGGGAGCCUUUUGAACUUGGACAGCGCAUGGAUGUCUCACGUGCGGAGAAAGGGCACUACUGUAGUCUGUCUCCUGAAGGACUCGUGCAAGCCGUAUGCGACCAAUAAGGCAUGGGGAGGGUGGUUCCGAACUGUACGAGUGGACGGAGAUCAAUUACUCGUCUCGGCAGGACGAACGAGUAGCGCGCCAUCAAAGCGACUCCACUGGCUGGGAAGUGCCUGGCGCGAGGCGGGCCCCGGCAAUACUUCAGAUAAACGACGUGAGCCCAACCGACCAUCUCGGCGCAUCGACCGGGGCCAAAGCGCCCUCUUGGUCGAGACUGUGCAUUGGGGUAGACCUUUAUCUGAUCAAGCUCAAGUCUUCCCCCUCGUGUGCGCAAAAAGAAUCAGGGUGUGGCGGGCAGACUAAAGUUCAUUGGCGGUGGAUUCCGCGUUGGGAAUCAUUCUAGGACCUGUGCAAGGCCAGGAAUCACUCCUCCCAUCAACUAUACUUAACUUGGGUUUUUUAUUUUUAUUCUCCCUCGGCACACGCACUGCAAUAGUGAUCGACGGCUGUUUCAGCGCUGUCAUUGCCAUAGGACGAUGUCAGAUUAAUGGUGUUGUGGACGGUGCUGACCGGACGCCGCGAUUGGGCUGCCAACGUCAUCCUGUCAUCCUGUCAGCCAAAAUCCUGCCACGGCUGCGAUGCUGCGUCACAAGCCAAAGGGAGAGCUGGGGCACUGUGGCGGAGGAGGAGCCGCAGCAGUGGUAGCAUAGCGAUCGCCACAGUGGCCCCUAAAUAUAACCUAUGCUCAAUUGAGAGCCUCAAUUGAUGGCACAACGAGUCUUUCUCGC